AUGUUCGCAAAAAACAAAAAAGUUUGUGAGACAGAUAUCUGCAUUGUGGUAGGAGUUGAUGGCUUACCAUUAUUUAAAAGUAACCAGGAACAAUUCCGACCAAUACUGGCAUACAUCCGUCCAGAAAGCCAUAAUGUGUUUCCAAUAGGUAUUUAUUGUGGCAAAGAAAAACCAGCCGAUAGCAAUGCAUUUAUGAAAGAAUUUAUUAAUGAUGCUAAACUUUUGAAAGAUACUGGAAUUUUAAUAAAUAACAAAGUUUAUAAUUUGAAAAUUGAUAGCUUUUGCUGUGAUGCCCCGGCAAAGUCUUUUUUAUUGAAGACUAAGGGUCAUUCAGGAUUUUAUUCAUGA